AUGGCACCUCUGAAUGCUUGUUUCCAGCCGGUCAAUGGCAUCUACACGCUUCAGCACCUGGGUCUACUACAUCACUUCACAUCUUCCACGGCGCUGACACUCUCCGUCCACGGACAGGUUCAGAAGCUAUGGCAGGUCGACAUACCGCAUAUCGGAUUAUCUUUCCCAUUUGUGAUUCACGCGAUUCUUGCCCUAUCUUCGAUGCAUAUGGCUCAUAAGUUACCAGACGAGCAUCAAGCCUAUUGGGCAUUGGGCAUUGAGCUACAGCAGCAAGCUGUGACGGGCGCACAAAAGGCAUUGGAUAACAUCACAACAGAAAACUGCACUGCUGUGUUUCUUUUCUCGGCACUGACAUGCGUAAUUUCGCUUGCCCGCGGCUGUGGCCACUCGCCCAAGUGUGGCCCUGGUAGCGAGCAUCCCUCUGAAAUAGGCUGUGAGAGCCUGCUUGAAUGGGUUAUUCUUUACCGUGGCACGAGACAUCUCCUCGGACCACCCUAUGACGAGGUGUUACAUUCUGGUCCAUUGAAGCCCAUGUUCGAGCUUGGGUCAGAACGAAGGAUGCGUCUUCUCGCUCCUUUAGCCACUCUGGAUACAGCCAAAUCCAGCGCGUGGUCAAAACUUCAAGCGGUAAUAUACGAUCGUGUCAAUGAUAGGGAACGGCUCGAUGCGUAUGACACCACGAUCGACCACCUGCGGCGAGCUUUUCACGCCGUUUACGAUAAACCACUAGACGAGUUGGAAAACGUGGAUGUGUUUGCCUGGAUGUUUGCCAUAUCAGACAACUAUGUAGCUUUACUCAAGCUGCAUGAUCCGAUCGCUCUGGCGUUGUUUGCUUGCUUUGCUGGUUUGAUGCGAGAGAUGCACUCCAUGUGGUGGACUCACGGCCGUGGGGAAUGUUGUAUCAGCCAGAUCUAUUACAAGCUGAAGAGAGAGGAGGAAUGGCUUGUUGAGUAUGUCGUGAGUAUAAUCGACUGA